AUGAGAAAACAAGCAAUCGUAGUAAGAGUAUUUAUAGGAAUAGUUGCUGUCUGGGUGGUUCUUACGGGGUAUAAGAUGCUUCGGCGAUACAGAACCCCCAGAAAAGAUGCAGGCCCUUUUUACGCGAUGCCCGAGAGUGCUGCUGAGAGAAGGGGCGAGCUUGGCCGUGGGACGUGGACUCUUAUCCACACAAUAGCUGCAAAGUAUCCGGCCGAGCCCACGCGCGAGUAUAAAGGCGACGUUUUGAAGUUCGUAGAGCUGCUCACGAAGUUGUUCCCGUGCGAAGACUGCCGCGGGCACUUCAAGAAGCUGGUGGGAGGAUUUCCCCCGAAAGUCUCCAGCCGAGAAGAGUUUUCCCUUUGGGCGUGCCAGGCGCAUAACAUUGUAAACCGGAGACUGGGGAAGACGGAGUUCGAAUGCUCCCGCCUGGACGAGAGAUGGGACUGCGGAUGCAAAGCGUAG